CCAUGCUGCGUACCCUUAGAACAUGUCUAUGGUCGCCAGGAAAGGGUUGGAAAACGUUAGCAAAACGACGACAUUGUUGCUGGGUUUGUUCUCUUCUCUGUAAAUAUAAGGUAUCAAUAUUUCGCGUGAGAGAAGAUGAUUCAUGUCAGGACAAACUCGUCUCACAGAACGCCGAAGCUUCUCAGGUUAGCUUAGCUUGCUAGCUGCUAAGAAAGAGACAAAGCAGAAGUGAUUGACACGUCGCUAAAGUGUGCGUGUAAAGUGUUGUGAUUGUGUGAAAAUGUGCAAAGUAGAAAUGCUGAGAGUGUUGGUGAAGCAGCGACUAACUGCUGCUGUGGAAGAAAUAUUUGUAGUGUUAGAAAGAACGAUAGCAGAAUACGAGGAGGAACUUUCUAGAACAAAAGAGGAGAACGAGCGACAACGUCAACUACUGGACGCUCUUUUCAACAAACAUCAACAAACAGGUUUGUUUACUUCUUUACUCUAAAAUGUGGACUGACUUUAUAUUUGAUCAUGGCAACUGUUCCUUAAACGCCUUUUCUUUACGUGUUUACUCAUGAACAAGAACACUUUAGACGUCUAUGAUACACCAAUAUUUGGAGAGAAAAUAUGCAUUCAUUGGGUUUAUUUCAUCGGGAAAAUUAUGUUGGAUGAACACAUCUUACAUUCUACAACAUUUUGGUCAGGGCUAAUUGAAUUAGGGGGAAAACAGCCCAAAAUGUGUAAAAAUGCCGAAAAUGAUCAAAAUUCCACAAGUCCCGCGAGGAGCCAGAAUGGCCAAAAUGUCAAAAAAAUAGACCCAGGAAUGACGCACAGGGAAGCAGGGAAGAAAAGGGGGAAAACAGCCAUAAAUGUGGAAAAAUGUCGAAAAUGAUCAAAAAUACCUAGCCAAAACGCCGAAAAAGUUGAAAAUGAUAAAAAAUACCUAGCCAAAAUGCCCAAAAUGAUAAAAAAAUACCUAGCCAAAAUAUCAAAAAUACACCCAAGAAUGACGCACAGGGAAGCAGGGAAGAAAAGGGGGUAAACGGCCAUAAAUGUGAAAAAUUGCCGAAAAUUAUGAAAAAUACCUAGCCAAAAUGCCAAAAAUUAUGAAAAAUACCUAGCCAAAAUGCCCAAAAUGAUGAAAAAUACCUAGCCAAAAUGCCAAAAAUUAUGAAAAAUAUCUAGCCAAAAUGCCCAAAAUGAUUUAAAAAAAUACCUAGCCAAAAUGUCAAAAAUACACCCAAGAAUGACGCACAGGGAAGCGAAGAAGAAAAGGGGGUAAACGGCCAUAAAUGUGAAAAAAUGCCGAAAAUGAUAAAAAAUAACUAGCCAAAAUGCCAAAAAUUAUAACAAAUACCUAGCCAAAAUGCCCAAAAUUAUUAAAAAAAAAUACCUAGCCAAAAUGCCCAAAACGAUAAUAAAUACCUAGCCAAAAUGCCCAAAAUGUCAAAAAUACACCCAGGAUUGACGCACAGGGAAGCGGGGAAGAAAAGGGCGAAAACGGCCAUAAAUGUGAAAAAAUGCCAAUUAUUAUCAAAAAUACCUAGCCAAAAUGCUAAAAAUGCCCAUGUGGCUAAGUGUGCGUGUAAAGUGUUGUGAUUGUGUGAAAAUGUGCAAAGCAGAAAUGCUGAGAGUGUUGGUGAAGCAGCGACUAACUGCUGCUGUGGAAGAAAUAUUUGUAGUGUUAGAAAGAACGAUAGCAGAAUACGAGGAGGAACUUUCUAGAACAAAAGAGGAGAACGAGCGACAACGUCAACUACUGGACGCUCUUUUCAACAAACAUCAACAAACAGACGUCAGCGAAGAACAUCUUCUCCCUGAGCAGCAGGAAUGCAACUCCAGCGUGGAACAGGAGGAGCCACACUCCCCCCACAUUAAAGAGGAAGAGGAGGAACACACUAUCAGUCAGGAGGGAGAGCAUCUUGAAGGACUGGAUGAGUUCCCAGUGAUCGUGAAGAGUGAAGGCGAUGAGGUCAAAGGUGAAAGUGAGGAGAAGAGAGAGGCGGAGCCUCCAAGCAGCAGCUCAAGUCAACACAUGACAAGAGAAGGUGAUGGAGACCACUGUGGAGGAUCACAAGCAGACAAGAUCUUAGCUCCACUAUCAGAUAGUGAGCACACAACGUCACACUCUCCUGACACUGAUGAUGAACACUCUAAAGCUGAUAACUCUGAAAACUUCAAAUGCUCUCAGUGCGACAACACUUUUAAUCACAGUCACACUCUGAAAAAACACAUGAGAAGUCACACUGGACAGAAACCAUAUUCCUGUCCAGUGUGCGACACACAUUAUAGUCACCACUCUGCACUGGUUCGACACAUGAGUAAACAUGCUGGUGAGAAACCUUUUACCUGCUCAGUUUGUUGUAAAACCUUCCUUUCGAAGAGGUCACUGACAGAACACACAAGAACGCACACUGGAGAGAAACCCUUUACAUGCCAAGUGUGUGGUAAAGAAUUCCAUUUAAAGAGGUCUUUGACAGAACAUACAAGGACACACACUGGUGAGAAGCCCUAUCAAUGCUCGAUGUGUGAUAGAAACUUCUCUCGAAGGUCACAUCUGCAAACACACACACUAACACACACUGGAGAGAGACCUUUCACUUGCUCAGUUUGUGGGAAAGGUUUCUUUGUGAAGGGGGCUUUGACAGAACACACAAAAACACACACUAGAAAGAAACUUUUUACGUGCCAAGUGUGUGGUAAAGAAUUCCUUUCGAAGGGGUCUUUGAGAGAACACACAAGAACACACACUGGGGAGAAACUCUUUAAGUGCCAAGUGUGUGGUAAAGAGUUCCUUUUGAAGAGGUCUUUGACAGAACAUACAAGGACACACACCGGUGAAAAACCUUAUAAAUGCUCAGUUUGUGAUCAAAACUUCUCUCUAAGGUCACGUUUGCUAACACACAAACGAACGCACACUGGCGAGAAACCUUUCACCUGCUCAUUUUGCGGGAAAGGUUUCUUUGUGAAGAGGGAUUUGACGGAACACACGAGAACACACACCGGAGAGAAACCGUACUCGUGUUCAGUGUGCGACUCGCAUUUUUGUCACCACUCAGCGCUGACUCGACACAUGAGGACUCACACUGACAAGAGACCUUUUAUCUGCUCGGUGUGUGGUCAAGCUUUUCUUUCGAUGGCGUCUUGGACAGAACACACGAGAACGCACAGUGGUGAGAAACCUUUCGCCUGCUCAGUCUGCGAUCAAAGUUUUUCUGUGAAAGCAAAUUUGAGGUCACACAUGAGAACACACACUGGACAGACAUGAGGUGGCAGAUUGAAGCCACAAACGUAUGUAAAUAUGGUUUUAUAUGAUGUGUUGUGACGUAAUAAACAUUGUUAUCAAUCUAACUUCUUCCUGACAUCAAUCCAUCCAAUUUCUACCGCUUGUCCCUUUUGGGGUUGCGGGGGGUGCUGGAGCCUAUGUCAGCUGCAUUCGGGCGGAAGGCGGUGUACACCCUGGACAAGUCGCCACCUCAUCACAGGGCCAACACAGAUAGACUGAAAACAUUCACACUCACAUUCACACACUAGGGACCAUUUAGUGUUGCCAAUCAACCUAUCCCCAGGGUUAGGGUUAGGGUUAGGGUUAGACAUGUUUCAUGCCAUUGCUGCCUUCAUUAGCAAUAAACAAAAUCUGUCUAUUUGUACUGUUUUUUAAAGCAAUCAACAGAUUACCUGUAAAGAAUCACUGGACAAUUAUGCGUGAAAAAAUAUCAAAUUUUUGGCCACCUGAAAGGUCUAUUUUCAGGGGCCGGGGUAAAUAUUCCACACCUGGGUCCAGUGACG